GAGCCACGUGGCUUCUCUACACUGUACUACUUCCUACAGGGCCGGCCAGGGACAAAGGUUGUGGUUGAGAGCUAGCUACUGCUUCCAGUGUGCUUCUAAGUCUAACCUAAGCUGAACUUCGAGGGUUCGAGAUGGCCAUUUCUGCAGAGAAGCAUCAGGGUACCAGACAGGUUUUCCUGUGGUUAAUGGCCUGCACCUACCUCUUCGCCUUUGCUUCUCUCUACACACAAAUACCAGGCCUGUAUGGAGACAAUGGCUUGACGCCAGUGAGCCUAGCACUACCGGCAAAUGACAACUCUAGCUGGUGGGUUCGUCUCGUCUCCUUCCCCUCGCUGCUACAGUUCCACCAAUCAGUCGACUUGUCCCCAUCCGUUGCCAUGGAACUCCUGUGUGUGGGAGGGGCACUCCUCUCUCUCUUCAUGAUGGUGUUCAGAGCAAUGAGAUGCUCCUUGCUCUAUGGUCUACUCUUUGCUCUGUACCUCUCUGUCUACAAGGUGGGGCAGGUGUUCCUGUGGUUUCAAUGGGACAGCCUCCUUCUUGAAGCUGGCUUCAUCGCUGUACUCGUGGCACCUUUCAAUCUUGUCUUUUGGAGAAGACCAGCUUCCCGUUGCCAUGAUGGACUGACAUUGUGGCUGGUUCGCUGGCUACUCUUCAGACUCAUGUUUGCCUCAGGGGUCGUGAAGUUGCAGUCUCAGUGCCCCACCUGGUGGGAUCUCACUGCACUCUAUCACCACUUUGAGAGUCAGUGCAUCCCCACUCCACUGGCCUGGUAUGCUCACCACGUACCCUCAUGGCUACUCAAGCUCGGAGUGGUGGGCACAUAUUGGAUAGAGAGUGUCACUCCUCUCCUCUUCUUUGUCCCUGUACGAUCACUACGACUACUCGGGUUCCUGGCACAAGUGCUCCUACAACUGCUCAUCAUUGCCACUGGCAACUACAACUUCUUCAAUCUCCUCACUAUCACUCUCUCGUUCUCACUCGUGGAUGACCGUUUCCUUGGUUACGCAACCUCUACCACAUUUGGGUCCCCUCUUUCAUUGAGAGUGAGUCGAGGCUUGUUUGGUCGCUAUGGGAGUAUGGUACGCGGCACUGUGCAACGACUAGUGUUUGUCACUGUGCUGGGUGUGUUGGCAUCUCUCACUGUCUACUACUUCAACAUCCACCUGGGCAACAAGACUCUCAAUACCAAAAUAGGUUUUUCCAAUGAGUCUUUCGAUAUUGUUAUGGAAACUGCCAUUCCGCUCCUGGCUGCAAUGGGAGCUCUAUCACUGGCUACUGAAGUACUCAGUGCUCUGCUCAGCAGCUCGUUUCUCCAGUAUGGUCUUCUAGCUAAGCUGUGGUCUCUCUUCCAAACCCUUCUCUUCACAAUGGCUGUCGUGCUGAUGUUCUCCAUCUCUCUCCCCUCCUUUGGCGUAUUGGACCGAACUUUUUACUCCACCAUUCCUUCCCCCCUCCGUACCCUGCAUGACUCCAUGGACCACUUCUCUGUCACCAAUCCCUACGGCCUCUUCAGGAAGAUGACUGGUGUUGAUGGUCGUCCUGAGCUGAUUGUGGAGGGUAGCAUGGACGAAAAGGAAUGGAAGGAGUAUGAAUUUCUGUACAAACCUGGCGAUGUCACAAAAGCACCUGCCUUUGUAGCUCCCCACCAGCCUCGCCUUGACUGGCAGAUGUGGUUUGCAGCACUCGGUACCUAUCAGAACAACCCCUGGCUAGUUCACCUCGCCCACAAGCUACUGCUGGGGCAAAAAGAGGUGAUUCGUCUGAUGGCCCCUCCACCGUUUGCCACACCCCCUACCUUUGUUCGUGCUCGACUGUUCACAUAUCAAUUUACAGAGUAUGACCAUCAAAAACCAUUCUAUAACCAAACCUCUGUUUGGUGGGAACGAAAUGUAAAGAGUGACUACCUCUUUUCCUUGACACGAGACAACCAAAAUCUGUUGGACUUUGUCUCAAAACACUACCUCAUCCCAAAAAACUCCUAUCCCCCCACCCCUCUGUCUGACGUACUCGUUGCUCUGAGGGCCUACUCUGAUUUCUACUAUCCCCCGACUAUUCUUUGGGCACUGUUUUUCACUGGGCUAAUGGCGACUCUGUCCAUGUAUGCUCUGUUUCCAGACCAACCGUCGUCCCAGCUACUACUACAGGCUGGUAGGGAGACUAAAACGCCUGGUGCAGUCAGAGGGAAACAAGGAAAAGUUGAAACUAUUGAAAGAGACGUUAAGAAAAGACAUGUUCACAAAAACAAGAAUCAGUAGUUAGAUGGUCAGUGACUGACUGUAGAUGUAUAUAAAUUAUAUUCAUGAUUUUGAAGCUGCUUGUGAGUUCUUCACUUGAUGAUGUUUACCAUGAUAAA